AUGGGAUGUGUUGCCUCCAAACUAGAGGAAGAAGAGGAAGUAGUGGCUAUCUGUAGAGAGAGAAAACGCAUGUUAAAGCUAGCUGUGGACAAAAGAUAUGCACUUGCAGAGGCUCAUUGUAAGUAUUUUCACUCUCUGAAUGCAGUAGCUGCGGCCAUUAACCUCUUCGUUGCACGCCAUUCUUCACCUUCAUCACCUUUCCUCAUAACUUUCCCUCCUCCUUGUCCUUCUCCUUCUCCACCAACUGAAAAUGUGAUAAACAACCCUAUGUUCCUACAGCAGACACCAUCAGAAACCAAGCAUGAAGCCAUUGCUUGUGACUCUUGCAUUUCUUCAACAACCUCAGAGUCUUCUGAGGAAGAGAGUGAAGAAAAAGAAGAGGGUGAAGAUGAAUGUAAGAGAGAAGAGCAAGGUGAACAGUCAUGUGAGUACUACUACAUGCAUAUGCCUAUGCCUAUGCCUAUGCCUCCACCUUCAAUGCCAUCCCCACAGAGAGAUUUUGGGUGGGAUUUCUUCUACCCAUUUGACAGUGUGAGGACAGAGGUUAUCAGUGGAUACCACAGGAACUCGGAUGAUGAUCUGAGGGUAGUGAGGGAAGAGGAAGGGAUUCCAGAGUUAGAGGAGGAAGUAGAAAGAGAAGAGCUUGAGCAAAAGGUGAUGAGUGUUGAAGAGAAAAAUGAAGGUGUUGAGCAAGUGAUGAGUGGUGUUGAAACUGUGAAGGUGGUGGAUGUGGCUACUGAAAACCAAGUGGAGCAAAAGGGGCUUGCAGUUCUUGAUACACCAACAGAAGGGAGAGAGUUGCUUGAAGCUUUGAAAGAUAUUGAGGACUAUUUUGUAAGGGCUCAUGAUUCUGGUAAGGAUGUAACCAGGAUGCUUGAGGCUAACAGGAUACCCCUUCAUUCUAGUUUGGAGGAAAUAAAAGAAAGUUCAACCAAACUCAUUCAUGCAAUAUCAUGGAAGUCCACUUCAUCUAGGUCAUCGUCAUGCAAGAGUCUCGUAGUUCCAAAUAUGAAAAAUUCUUCAACUUGGGUUGAAUAUAAGAAUGAUCUAUUUGAUGAUUAUGAAGGAAUGGUUUCGGGAAGUCAUUUAUUAACAUUAGGAAGAUUAUAUGCAUGGGAAAAGAAACUGUUUGAGGAGGUUAAGGCUGGAGAUAACACUAGGAAAAGUUAUGAGAAAAAAUGUGCACAGUUGAGGACUAAGAAUGUUAGAGGAGAUGAUGAACUUAGCAUGGACAAAACUAGAGCUGCAGUGAAAGAUCUAUAUGCUGGUAUCUUGGUUGCAAUUCGACGUGCUGAGUCUAUCUCUAAGAGAAUUCAGAAAAUGAGAGAUGAAGAAUUACAGCCUCAAAUUGUUGAAUUAUUAAAAGGCCUGACCCAAUCAUGGAAAAUCAUGUUGGAGUCCCAUGAAACCCAGAAAAAGAUUCUUUCUGAAGUCAAAUCUUUCACAUGCCCCACGUAUGGGAAAUUCUGCAAUCAAUCUCAUAAGUUUGCAACUCUUCAACUUGAAACACAGCUUCAAAAUUGGCGCGUGUGCUUUAGAGAGUAUGCUGCAGCUCAAAAAGCAUAUGUUGAAGCUCUCCAUGGAUGGCUAAGUAAGUUCAUAGUCCCUGAAGUUGAAUUUUACUCAAGAAGCAAAAAUGCUAAUAUGCCAUAUCAAGUCAACGGACCACCACUACUUGUGAUAUGCAAUGAUUGGUUAGCUUCCUUGCAAAAGUUACCUGAUAAAAUGGUAACACUUGCAUUGAAAAGUGUUGUGAAGGAUGUUAGAGCACUGUGGCUUCAGCAAAGUAAAGAGCAGCAGCAGAAAAGGAAAGUAGAGAGCAUAGAAAAAGAUUUAGACAGAAGAUAUUCAGGAUCACAUAAAGUGAAGAGUAAGAUGCUUGAGUUGCAAAUUACGGACCAGGUGGGAACAGAUGAUCAAGAAGAAUGCAUGAAUGAUCAUUUGGAGACACUAAGAAGAAAACUGGAGGCAGAGCAGGAGAAGCACCACAGUUGCAUGCAAGAAACGCAGAGGAUCACAUUAAACGGAUUGCAAUCUGGGUUUUCACUAGUGUUUGAAUCUUUAACGGAGUUCUGCAAAGCAUCUCAAAAAAUGUACAAUGAACUUGUAACUUAUAGUGAAAAUGCUGAGAAAGAUGGGAAUGUUUCGUAUAUAGAAGGUGGUUGCAAUGUUGAAAAUGGACAAUAG